UUGCUGUUUGCACUGGAAGGGGAAUUGGGCUUUUGCUUAGAAUCUGAAGAUGAUCCUUCUCUGCAAUGGGAUCAGUAUACUGUUGUAACUUUCCUAAAGUUACAUUUUUUGUGAGGGAUUUAAUAGCGGUAUAACUUGAGAAUACAAUCACACAGUAUAAUUGCAUAUACUUUGUUUUACCAAACAAAAUGGUGAUAAAAAUAAUUCAGAAGCAGAAAAAGCAGACAUUUUAAUACCUUUUAUUAUGUUGUUUUUUCAGAUCCAAGCUUUAUUGUGGAACUAUUCAAAACCAAAAAUGUGAACAGAAAAAUUUCUACAUAACAGCCAACAAAGAAAUGGGCUUUGUUAGAUUCAAUAUUUGUGUAUAAUCCUUUGGUGCAUCUGUAAAAGUUCUUUGGAAUCCGAAGUGAAAAUCAGAGCAGUCUUUUCUGAAACAGCAUGACUAAUUGUAAAGGAAGAUCUGUCAGCAAAAAAACAAACGAUAAAGCUUAUCACGGAGAAGGAUUUGUAAAUUGGACUAUAAAUUUAAAUACAGUUCAGUCUGACAAAUUCUUGAACCUGCUGCUGAGUAUGGUUCCGAUUGUUUAUCACAAAACCCAGGAAGAGAGACAUAAGAAAGUGAAUGGUCUCUGGCAAGAUGGAUUGCAGCCAUCAGGACACAACUUCAAUGUUAGGACAGAUCAGCACAUGGAUUAUCAUCACUUUACAGAAUCAGCUUUUCAUCAUGGUAGUAAUGGACAUAAUUUAUCAGGCUGUAGUCCAAAAUAUGAUAACUUUGUAAGUUAUAAUUAUGCAGAUGCAAUUGACACGUCAGAAACAGAUGUUAUGUUGCAGGACAACAAUGCAUCUAGUGAUGGUGAAGAAGAUACAAUUGUGGAAGGGACCAGAAAACAGCCUAAAGAGUCUAGUAGCAUUAUGGCACUGCAGAUAUUAGUACCAUUUUUACUAGCAGGAUUUGGAACAGUGUCUGCCGGAAUGGUUCUGGAUAUUGUUCAGCAUUGGGAAGUAUUCAAAAAUAUUACAGAAGUUUUCAUUCUGGUGCCUGCACUGCUUGGUUUGAAAGGAAACCUGGAAAUGACAUUGGCAUCUCGACUAUCAACAGCUGUAAAUGUUGGGAAAAUGGAUUCACCAAUUGAGAAAUGGAAUCUAAUAAUUGGUAAUUUGGCAUUAAAGCAGGUACAAGCAACAGUAGUUGGUUUUUUGGCAGCUGUGGCAGCAGUUAUACUAGGCUGGAUUCCUGAGGGCAAAUACCGCCUUGAUCAUUCAGUCCUCUUGUGCUCUAGCAGUGUUGCAACAGCCUUCAUAGCAUCCCUUUUACAAGGAAUAAUAAUGGUGGGUGUUAUUGUUGGAUCUAAGAAGACUGGCAUAAAUCCUGACAAUGUUGCAACACCUAUUGCAGCAAGCUUUGGAGAUCUUAUCACUCUUGCCAUACUUGCAUGGAUAAGUCAGGGUCUAUAUGAUUGCCUUGAGAAAUAUUACUAUAUAUCUCCCUUAGUUGGUGCCUUUUUCUUGGCUCUGACUCCUAUGUGGAUUGUAAUUGCUGCUAAACAUCCAGCCACAAGAACUGUCCUCCACUCAGGGUGGGAGCCUGUUAUAACUGCUAUGGUCAUAAGCAGUAUUGGUGGCCUUAUUCUGGACACAACUGUAUCUGAUCCUAAUUUGGCUGGGAUUGUUGUUUACACUCCAGUAAUCAAUGGUAUUGGUGGAAAUCUAGUCGCAAUUCAAGCAAGCAGAAUUUCUACAUAUUUACAUUUACACAGUGUUCCUGGAGAAUUACCAGAAGAAGCCAAGGGCUGCUAUUAUCCAUGCAGGACAUACUGUGGCACAGGAGUAAAUAAUAAAUCAGCCCAAGUUCUUCUACUGUUGGUGAUUCCUGGUCAUUUAAUUUUCUUGUACACUAUUCAUUUAAUGAAGAGCGGUCACACAUCCUUGACUCCAAUCUUCAUAGUGGUAUAUUUGAUCACAGCCCUUCUGCAGGUGUUUAUCUUAUUAUGGAUUGCUGACUGGAUGGUGCACCACUUCUGGAAAAAGGGAAAAGAUCCAGACAGUUUUUCUAUUCCUUACCUUACUGCACUUGGGGACCUUCUUGGAACUGCCUUACUUGCAAUGAGUUUUCACUUUCUGUGGCUCAUUGGUGAUAGAGAUGGGGAUGUCGGGGACUAACAAUCCAGAGGCAUCUGCAAACUGGCCCCAUCAGGGUGAAGGUGGCAAAUGGAAGACAACCACUUGAAUCACCAUUUCAUCUAAAGUAUCUCAACAGUUGUUGAAUUUGUUGGUGGUAACUUAUGGUGCAAUCCUACACACAUAUAAGCAGAAAUAAGUCCUAUUGAGUCCAGUGGGCAUACAUGCAAAUAAGAAUAUUUCUAGGGCUGCAACCUCAAUAUUGGCACUGAUACUAAAUGGCCUUAACUUAAAAAGUGGGGGUAGAGCUGGAAGAAUAAGCAUUAAAUCUUUUUACCCUGCAAUGGAGUAGGGCUGCUGAACAUAGUCUAACCACUGAGAAGGACCAGCCAAUAUUGUGCUCAGCAACAAAGCCCCAAAGUGUAGUUGACAAGAGUAAAUUAUGGAACUGUGUGAUUUGGCCACUGACAUUUCGGCCUUUAUCAUAAAUCAUUUUGCAUUUCAGUGCCCAGACUGGCUGUGUCUUACGGGCUCACAAAUCAAAUAUUUUAUUUUGUAGUUAUAACUUUUGGAAUUAGAUGCACUUGUUAAAUAGUAGACAAAACACAUGAUUGGGGCAUGAAAUUAAGAAAGAAGGAAGCUCAAGCAAGAUAUUCCAAAGGGAAUUUACUGAUGGUACUGAUGGUACAGAAUAAAGCAACUUCUCGCCUGAAAACUAAUCUAGUCUGAAAACUAAUCAGCUAAUUUAACUAAUUUAAUCAGAAGUUUGUAACAGAGAUAAUACAGCAUGCAUCAAAAUGCAUGGACAUUGCUGCUGUUGCAUUAAAAAUUGUAUUUCAGAAGGCACAGUGACACAGUUUUCAAGGGGUCAAUUGUGUCCUUUGCAAUUUAUCGCAAAGCAUACAGAAUUAAGGCCACCUACAAAAGUAGCAAAAAUAGCUUUUAAUAUGUAGUUGUGGAGAAACUGCAGUAUAUAUCCUGCAUAAAUAAAUGGUAAAGGUUUGGGUGGAUUUUUUUAAGAUGAUAGUAUUGAAGAAAAGAAAAUACUGAACAUAUCACUGCUAAGCAGACUUGCUGCAUAGCUGCAUACAGCAAGUGAUUGUUUACUAAUGUGUGGUAAGUUCAAAUUUUAAGGUCAUCUCCAAUUAUCAUUUUAUGUUUCUGUAACGGAAAUUGCUGCCUUGGUAUUGUGAAGGAUCCAGACAUCUUUUUCAGAUACAGCAGUGCAGUUAUAAGGAAAUUGUAUUUUCCUGGCACUCAAAAAAGAACAGCUGGCUGUAUCAGUACUUGUAGAAGGAAUGUUCUGUAGAAUAUAAUUAUGUGAGUAGCACAGGCAUCCUUUGGUUAGCACCUGUGGUACACUAUUGAUGGGCCACAUUGCUCCUGUCAUGUCUGUCCCAUUCCAGGGACAGCUUCCCCUGACCUGCUGCCCUUCAGAUGUUUUGGACCACACCUCCUAGUUUUCCCAUCUGUUGGCCAUGCUGAAUUAAACUGAUGCAAGCUGAAGCCUAAAAUAUCUGGAGGUGACCAGGUUGGAGAAGACUGAAUCAACGUGUUAUUCUUUAAAAAUCUGUAAAGACUGUGUAUUUCCCAUUGUAGGUCUUCAAGCACAGGAACUAGCAAUGCGUACCCUGAGUUAGCACUAUUUAUUUCUGUAGUGCUACACCAAGCAUUGCAUAUUAUGUUCUAGACUUCAAAGUGUUUAGUGCUGUUCAUGGAAUGCAUAUUGGGGAAGAUUGCACACGUGUUUGCAGAUCAGUGUUCCCAUUUAUGGCUUGCUAUGAGUUGUAAAUUGCUUUGUGAGUUUAUAUGUUAGACAAGUAACUCUUCACACCAUAGUAGCACAAUCCCCCAUCCCACCUUAACAAACCAUCGAUGAGGCUACAUGUUUCACUGUAAUGUGUGUGCAUUUUAGAUUUCCCAUUAAUAUCGGUGCAAUGCAUGCACAGGUCUUCCCAUUAUGUAUAUCCAGGUUACAUGAAUUGAUCUAACUAAUUUAUUUCAAAUAUUAAUAUGCAAAAUUAGGCAACAAAAACUGCAAUCCUAUAUCCACUUUUCUGGGAGCAAAUCCCACUGAAUUCAAUGGGAGUUACUUCUGAGUAUGCACAGAAAGGAUUGUAUUAUAAAUGUGUACAUGGGACUUCAGCUUUCACAUGCUGAUUUUAUUAACAUAAAAUUAAUAUCUUAAUUUAAAUAUAUUUAAAACAACCCUUUAUAGUCAUGGUUGUUUGCAGAGUAUAUUCAUCUUUGAGACACUGGCAGCUGUUUAGCUUCCUACUUAAAACUUUGCAUAAGUAACUCGCCCAUACAUUAAAAUAAGUAUAGCUGUUUGCAUAAUUAUGAUUAAUUGGCUUGGUGCUGGAAUUGGAAGGAGAGUAUAGAGAAUAGGAUUCCAGAACAGUUCAAGAAAAUUGGGCUGUCCCUUUAGGUUUCUUGCUCCCUUUAGUCUAUAUUCGUAUUAAUCAAAAAAGUACCUUGACUGUAAUCCUGUGAUAACAUUCCUAUUCAUCUUGUUUUCAGAACCAGUUGGUGAUAAUGCAAAAUACUAGUAUUUGGGGAUAGAUCUAGAAGAAAUCACAUUUUUAAUUCUACUUGGGGAAUGAUGGAAAACAUUUUAAUGUUUGAAGAAACUAUAGGGUUUUAAAUUUCUUUGGACUCAAAUCAACCAAUAAAUGUCUUCUGUUUUUAAUACAA